UCUUGAAUGCUUGUCAGAGAUAGGGGGCUCUCAGAACUCCUGAUACUUUUUCUUCAGAGCAGUGACAGUCUCCAACUGCUCUGACCACAGCUCCAGCUCCUCUAGGAACUGGACUCCACAGCAGCAGGAGUGAAGGAAUUCCAGCUUUAAUUUCAAACAUGGCUACAGUAAAAUCAAUGACAACGACAACAACAACAACAACCAGAACAAUCAUUUCUGAGCAGUCUAGUGAAUCAGGAAUCACCAAACUGAAGAAAGUGACCCAGGUGACAAAAGUCGCAUCAGAGGAAGGGGGAGAACAAAUUCGGAGGAAGUCCUCAGUGACGCUGCAGACACUAAAUGUUGUCACACAUAGCUUUGAGAUCCCACCAGGAGAGGGCAUCCCUGAGUUUGAUGAAAAGCCAAAUUCCACUGCAGUACCAGAAGGUAAAGAUGCGAUUUUUAAAGCCAAGGUGAGUGGGAACCCAAAACCCACAAUCACAUGGAAGAGAGCAAGUGGAAAACCCAUAAGAGAAGGAGCAAAGAUUUUCUUUGACAGCAUCACUAAAGAGAAUGUUCUGAAGCUGGAUAACAUCAUUCCAGAGGAUGAGGAUGCCUACAAAUGCAUCGCUUCCAAUGCUCAUGCUGACUGCACAUAUGUCAUUUCAUUGACAGUGACUGAAAAUCCAGAUAAGCAAUUAAACUUCCGAACAAUGUUGAAAAAAAGGUCAACACCAGCACUCAAGGAAGAAAGGAAGAUUCCAACUGAAAAGGAAAUGUGGGAGAUUUUGAUGAAAGUAGAGAAGAAGGACUAUGAAAAAAUCUGCAUGGAACAUGGAUUCACUGAUUUUAGGGGAUUGCUGAAACGCUUAAAAGAAAUGAAGAAAAAAGUAGAGACUGAGUCAGUGAUCAUUUUAAAGCCAUUAGAGGAUGUGGAAGGAAAAGUUGACUCAACAGCUACCUUUGAAACAAUCAUGGAAUUGAAGGACCCGAACAUCAAAAUGCAAUGGUUCAAGGAUGGUGACCCAAUAAGGACGCAAUUCUCACUGGGAAAGUUUGAAAUAAAGCAAGUCGGAACAAAGUUUAUGCUUUCUGUUAAAAACUUAACUCAGAAAGAUUCCGGCGAGUACACCUUGCAAGUUGGGGACAAAAAAUACACCGUGAAGCUAAAUGUGAAAGAUGAGCCACUUAGGUUUGGGGUGAAGCUCAAACCUCUAAAGGUGGUGGAGAGACAAACAGGAACUUUUGAGUGCAGUCUCAGUAAAAAUGUGCCAAAUGUCUGCUGGAGGUUCCGAGGUAUGGAGGUGAAGCGAGAUGACAAACACGAUAUCAUUGUGUCAGCGGAUGGCCUGACACACACCUUGAAAAUCAAAGAUGUUCGACCAUGUGAUGUUGGUGAAUACAGCUUUACUGCGGGAGAUCAAAUCUCUACAUCUGAACUGCAGAUUGACCGUCUCCCUAUUCAGUUCCCAAAUGCCUUAAAAAAUGUAUGUGUAAAGGAGAAAGGUAAAGCUCGUUUGGAGUGUGAACUGAGCUCUAAGAAUGUUCGAAUCAAGUGGUUAAAGAAUGGCAAGGUAAUCACUCGAUCCCCAAAGUAUAACAUGAUGCAGGAUGGAAGACGUGUGGAAUUGAUUAUUGAUGAUGCUGAGCUCGAUGAUGGUGGAGAAUACACAGUUGUUGCUACACAAGACAGUGAUGGACGAGAGUACACCUGUUCGUCUACAUUGAAUGUUGUAGAUCGUUUUGCCACAGUAAAGAGUGGAAUGACCGAUACUCAUGCUCAGUCAGGCCAACCUGCAGAGUUCUGUGUGGUAUUGAAUGAUGAGAAAGUUGAAGGAGUGUGGCUAAAGGAUGGAAAAGAGAUAACGGACACAAAAAACAUACAGAUUGUAAAGCAAGGAGCAGUGCAUAAAUUGAUUAUAAAUAAUGUGGAUGAUGAUAGCGAAGGAAAAUACACAUUCAAAGCAAAAGGAGCAGAGAGUGAGGCCACACUCUCAAUUGCAGAUCCACCCAUUAUUGAUGCUGAUAUCCUUGCAGCAUUGGCCAAGGAUCCAAUCACUGUAAAAGCAGGGCACACAGCAACAAUUAAGAUCCCUUUUAAAGGGAAACCUAUUCCCAAAAUUACAUGGAGCAAAGAUGGUAUUGAGGUUAUUGAAGAUAUUAGAACACAGAUAGAGAAGAGUGCUACACAGACUGUAUUAGUACUAAACAAUUGUGUAAGGGAGGACAGUGGAAUUGUCACAUUAAAACUUAAGAGUGAUUGUGGCUCUGCUUCAGCUAAUCUGCAGCUAAAUGUCAUUGAUAGACCUAAACCUCCCCAUGGAACAGUGGAAUUCCUGGAACACACUGGGAAGUGUAUUUCAAUGAAAUGGAAGGCACCACGUGAUAAUGGGGGCAAACCAGUGACAAGCUUUAUCAUUGAAAGGAAACUUGUUGGAAAGAAAUCAUGGAUCAAGGUUGGUGAGGUUGAUGGCAACACCACAAACUUCUCCACAAAUAAGGUUGAUGAAGGAAAGGCAUACCAGUACCGAAUCCGAGCAGUAAAUUCUGAAGGAAUGAGUGAUCCCCUAGAUUCUGAUGAGGUCUUUGCUGGUGAACCAAUUGAGUCACCUGACAUGCCAUCGCAACCCCAGGUCACGGAUGUUACCAAGGAUGCCAUCACCAUUACAUGGACACCACCAGUGCAGGAUGGAGGUGCCCCAGUGCUUGGGUAUAUUGUAGAAAGAAGGAAGAAAGGCAGUAAUCAUUGGAUUCCUGCCACUAAGGAGCCAAUUCAAGACACAAAGUUUACUGCUGAUGGAUUAUUGGAAGAUAUGGAGUAUGAGUUCCGUGUUACAGCAAUUAAUCGUGCAGGAAUUGGUCAGCCUAGCACUGCAUCCAACUCAGUGGUGGCUAAAGAUCCUAUCCGUGCCCCAGGAAAGGUGAAGGAUAUUAAGGUGACAGAUUCUACCAAUUCGAGCAUCUCCCUAACCUGGGUUAAACCAGAAUCGGGCGAUGAGCCUCAGGGAUAUAUCUUGGAAAUUAGGCCUGAAGAUGCUAAAGAAUGGACAAAGUGCAGUAAGAUACCCAUUACCAGCACCAAUUACACUGUGGGAGGCCUGCAGGAGCGAGGCAAGUACUUCUUCAGAAUCAGAGCUGUAAAUGAAGGAGGUGUGGGAGAACCUACAGAGCUUAACAAAGGCGUAUAUGCCUUGCCACCACCAGCUUCACCCAGAUUUCUCGAUACCAGAAUGCCAAGCAGCAUGGUGGUUCGUGCAGGUGCAGCACUGUGUAUCAAUGUGGGCUUCUCGGGCUCACCUUCACCAAACGUGAUUUGGCAGAGAGAUGGAACUCUCACCAAAGGCAGGGAGACGAUCACAAAAGGACCGAAUAUGUCACAGUUCUUGAUUUCGAGUGCCCAGAGAUCAGAUUCAGGAAUAUACAAGAUUUUGCUAAAAAAUGACUAUGGAGAAAAGUCUCAUGAUAUCAGAAUUCGAGUUGCAGAUUUUCCACGCCCGCCUACUAACUUACAUCUGACUGAGGAAGUUCCAAACACAGUGACUCUCACUUGGGACCACACUCCAGAUAACAUUGAGGAUGGCCGUGUGCAGUAUGUGAUAAUGAAGCGAGAUGCCAGUACUGCAACCUGGUACACUGUUACAGACCGUGUCUUUGGUAAUAAAUACACUGUGACUGGACUGCUUCCAGGCAGGAAGUACUUCUUCAGGGUGAUUGCUCGGAAUGACAUUGGAGACAGUGACCCAUUAGACGUGAAGGAGCCAUGGUUUGUUGCAAGGGACAAAGAACAUUUCAGUCUGCAAUUUAAGGAGUAUCAGCAAAAGGAUUGGGCCCAUGCACCUGCGUUCAUCACCCCACUGAAGAACCACACUGUUCACCGUGGUAAUGAUUGCACCAUGAGUUGUGCCCUGACUGGCAAUCCAAGGCCACACAUUAACUGGUAUAAAGGCAAGCUUCACAUCUCUGAGAACCUCAAAUACUGGUACACAUCCUCAAAUGGUGUCUGUACGCUAACUAUUCCAACUGCAGAAAUGGAUGAUGCUGAUGAGUAUACCAUAUUGGCUGAAAACUCUCUGGGGAAGGUGAAAUGCUCUUGCAAGGUUAUUGUGAAUGAAAAAGGUGUUACUUUAAUGCAGCACAGGCUCGGAGAAAAGCCACGUAAGAGUAAGCACAUCAUGUGAAUUCAGACUGGACCUCAGUGAAGACUGGCAUAGAUCAAGACUCGGCAUGUGCUGUAAAUGAGAAGAUCAAGCAUACUAUCAGAGAACAAAUUUUUGUUAGGCAUAACAAAUAGGGUAAAUUUACUCAAUUUCAAAAGCAUUUUAAUAUCUUUGAAUCACUUUUAUAAGCAGGGAUAAGUUUGGAGUCAUCAUCCGAAUGAAACAACAAUGAAAUGUCAUCUCUCAUUUAUGACUGUAUGAAAGAGCUAAUUCCCAAAACAGUUAUGAAGUUAUGUUAGAAAAUGAACAUGUUACUUUUAAUUGUUAUAUAAUUAGGUCUAGAAUAUCAUCUGGGCCUGGAAUUGAAUAAAAUACAUUAAUUAGUAGUGGAAGUCAUCAAAGGUAAAAUAUGAAUGUGCACAAAAAUAAUUUAUUUUCAAACACCCAUUUUCAAUGCCUAUUUUCAUCCAGUAGUUAAAUCCACCUGGAAUAUUACAUUGAUAAACCAUUGUUGGAGGAGGCUAUCUUUCUUUCUUACACUUUCUCUUUCCUGUUGCAUUCUGGAGAAGAUGGCACCCAUUAUACAGUAUAUGCCUUUGCACUGCAAAAUAAUUAAUUAAAGUAACAUUAAAAAUGAACUCGAACUUUUGAACCAUACAAUUUUGCUGCAUUGUAGGAAGGCACAUAUGCCAACAAAUUUUCUAUUAAUCUGGGUAAGGUUGGCUUGACAAGAAUUUGGAAAUCAUUAUCUUGACCACUGGCCGUUGGAAGCUUUCAUUGCGGGAUUUUUUCAUGGAAUCAGAAUUGUUAUGAGAUGGUAUUACUCAUAGCACUCAUUGAGUAUAUGUAGCUCUUUCUCGAGCAACCUGUACGUUACCAGUUUCAUUAUUUGCUCAUCCCUCUUCGAGCUGAAAAUUAUUCCCAUCGAGUACUAAUCCAAUUCCCUUUAGAAAGCACUCCUUUAUUCUACUUCUAUCAUCCUUGUGGCAGUGAUUUCCAGGGCAUCAUUACUUUAUAAUAAUCUGUUUGAUAUGUAAAAUUAAAAGGUAGUAUAACAAUGUCACCAUAAAGAGUUCCACCGGCAUCUGGGAUCAAGACCUGAAAUUAAUUAUUUAUUAAAAUAUGAUAAGACUAUUGCUUUCUCGAAAUGGUGAAGCCAAUCUUUAACCAAUCAGAAUCUCUCUGUUAAAAUUAAUAUAUUAUUUCUGACCAUUCUUUGUUUCCUUUCACUUCCAAAACACAUGGCAUCAGAUGGGGAAGUCUUGUCCUGUAGGCUCUACAAUGUUUUUGAGAUAGUCAUUUGCAGACCAAUGUGAAGGCAUUGUGUGGUAUGCUUUUGCAGUGCUGUUUUACUAAUAAACAGAGACACAGUGCUCAUGGGAACCUUUUAAUUUUUAAUUUCUUCAAAAUAAAAGUUGAAGCAUGUGAAUGUCAUUGCUUUGCCAGUAAUACUGUGUUUCAGUCGUGCUUCUUGAAGUAGAUGGUAAAUCAACUGAUAAAGAUGUGCUUGCUUAUUACCGUGGGCCAUCAGUUUCUUAAUCCCCCUUUCCUUCAAACUUGAGAUACUAUCAUUGUCUUAAAAUUGACAAUUAUUGAAAGUCUGGUAAUCUGUUGGAGGUCCUUCAAAGUGAAGAACUGAGUAGUAAAACAAAGAACCGAAGUUUCAAUUUCAUUUGUGUAUUAACAGGAUAUAUAACAGCAGCUGAUCCGCAGAACAUUUUUGCAGUGCAAAUGGCAAUGGAAGUCAUCAUUCAUCACAAUGGUCCAUUCUGAGAUUACACAGAAAUUAAAAUGAUAGCGUGGUUGCAAUUGUAAACAUUCUGAUCUAGACACAAGGAUCUGAAAUGUCAGGAAUUAAGAUAGAAUAUCUGAGCACAUUGAAGCAGUGUGACAGUGAUCUGAUUCAAGGUUGCUUACCAUUUUCUCUUAUUUUGGCUUGAGUGUUUCUCCAUAAAUUUGCCACCAGGAGACAACAGCAUUAGAUGUCUCAUCUAAAGCAUUAGCUGGUCAUCUAAACUGAAAAACAGAUCUGAUGUAAUAAAAUAAAAAGAAAUCAUAA